GGAGCGCAUAAUAUUAUAACUAACAAAUCGCCUCCGAAGAAAAAAAAAAGAAUAAUGACAAGACAAAAAAAUCAACCAAACGCAGCGAAGAAUGAAAACCUGUGAUCCUCACCACCACAACCACCACCGCACCACCACCACCUCCUCCGCCGUCAUUUCCCUCCACCACCGCACCUGAAUGAAUGGGCAACUGUGGUACCAGAGAAGAAUCCGCCGUCGUUUCCAAUGCACAAGUUCAGCAGCUUAACCACGCGCCGUCGCUCGGCGCGUGCAGUUCCAGAACGAUAACCGCCACCGGCGGAAGCGGUUUGAGCGAGAAGAAGUACACUCUGAGGCAAACUCUGAGCGAGUCCGCUUCGGAUCUGAGCGAGACUUGCUCGACGCCACGCGCUAACAGCAGUUGCAGCAACAACACGCUCCUCUACACUCACGUCAUCGCGUUCACGCUCUACGAGCUUGAAACCAUUACCAAGAGCUUCCGUGGUGACUAUAUCUUGGGUGAGGGAGGGUUCGGAACUGUUUACAAAGGCUACAUUGACGAGAACGUGAGGGUUGGACUCAAGUCGCUACCUGUUGCGGUUAAGGUUUUGAACAAGGAAGGGCUUCAGGGACAUCGCGAGUGGCUUACGGAGGUGAAUUUCUUGGGGCAACUGAGGCAUCCGAAUCUGGUGAAGUUGAUCGGUUACUGCUGUGAAGAUGAUCAUAGGCUGCUGGUGUAUGAGUUCAUGUUUCGAGGAAGUUUGGAGAAUCACCUAUUCAGAAAGGCAACUGCCCCUUUAACAUGGGCUACAAGAAUGAUGAUUGCUCUUGGAGCAGCCAAAGGACUUGCCUUUCUCCACAAUGCUGAAAGGCCUGUCAUCUAUCGCGACUUCAAAACAUCUAAUAUAUUAUUGGACUCUGACUAUACAGCCAAGCUUUCUGAUUUUGGGCUAGCUAAAGCAGGACCUCAAGGUGAUGAAACCCAUGUAUCCACCAGAGUCAUGGGUACAUAUGGUUAUGCUGCCCCUGAAUAUGUAAUGACUGGUCACCUAACAGCUAGGAGUGAUGUAUAUAGCUUUGGGGUUGUUCUUUUGGAGCUUUUAACGGGAAGGAAAUCGGUCGACAAGACAAGACCCGGGAAGGAACAGAGCUUGGUAGAUUGGGCGCGGCCAAAGCUCAAUGACAAGAGAAAGCUCCUACAAAUAAUUGAUCCUAGAUUGGAGAAUCAGUACUCAGUGAGAGCAGCACAGAAAGCAUGUAGUUUGGCUUACUACUGCUUGAGCCAAAAUCCCAAAGCGAGGCCACUAAUGAGUGAUGUAGUUGAGACUCUGGAACCUCUACAAAGUUCUAGUAUUGGUCCUGGUGAAGUCUCGCUAACAGGAUCAAAUAGUGGCAGUGUGCCUUUUGCUAUGAGCAAAUUCUCUGACUACCGGAUGCGUCACAAGUUUUCGAAUAAUGUUGGCCCGGGCGCUGCUUGUCGGUCUCCGAACCCGAAUUGCUCACCGGGUGCUCCAGCAUGCCGGGUCAGAUGAUAAAUCUCAUGCCAUGAUUUCCCUGUCUGGUGUGCUAGUUUGUCUAGAAAUAGUAUUUGUUGUUAAAAUGUGGGUGCAUCCAUGUAUUUGUUGCUUUUGUACAUGAUAUUAUUAUAUGAAGGUGACAAGAAGCCCUGGUGGAUAAUUUUUGUAUCAGUGUUUGGUCUUCUGUUCAUCUCGGGGAAUUGUGUGGAAAUCUGUGUGGUUGUAAUCAUCAUGGCAUCAGGACUAAUAUAACUGGUUCCUUA